GUAUUUUUCCUAGUGAGGUCCCAAAGUUCGUCAUUUUGGAAGGUGUUUCAGUACUGUCUUUUAUCCAAUUAAUUUCUACGUGCUACCGACCUUUUAAAAUGUGUUACUUUAUCAUUCCUGUAAAUCAAAUUUCCUCGAGACAAACUUGAUGCAAAGAAGUUGUCUGUUAUUAAGGAAAACUAGGAAAUGCCAUUAUCUACAAUCCCAGUGCAAUCAUAUUACAAAUGCAGCAUUUGUCAGCUUUGCUCUUGAUUUUUGGCUCUCAGUAAAUUUCGUGUGCACCGUGAGGCAUCAAUGAAUAAUAUUUGUUAAGGCUGAUUGGAUAAACAAAGAAAAAAAAAUAAAUGUUCAGGUUGAAUCAUCAGCCUUACAAUAAUUUGCUUUUUUUUGCGUUUUUCUUUUUAUGCUUUUUGUUUACAUUCGCUAUUUUCAAUUUUCGCAUUAAAACCAUUCAAUCUCGGAACAACAAACCUUCUCUACUCAUAAAAUAUGAUCUUUACUUGUCUUGCAGUCUAUCAUGAGCUCGGCUCCUGUUAAGUCUGACAAAAGUCCCACAGUGAAAAGUCUCAAACAUUUCUUUUUUAAAAAAUUUCCAGUGCUACGUUGGCCUGAAAACUAGCAAACUUUGUUUUAUGUUCAUGUAGGUAGAAGUAUCUUUACUAACCCCGAAACUGGAAAACCAUAUGCCUAUCAAGAACUUUUCAAGCAGCCAGAGCUUGCGGAGUUUAUAAAGAACGUCUCCACCAAUGGGAAAGACUACUUUUACAAUGGUACUUGGGCCGAAGAAAUGACAACUCUUGUUAAAGAUCAGAAAGGUUUUAUUAUAUUGGAUGACAUGCGCAGAUAUCAGACCCGGUGGGAGAGGCCAUUCAACACAUCAUAUAAUGGUCGUAAGGUUUUCGUGUCCGGAAACGACUGGGGUGGAGUUGAAUUGAUGGAAAAGUUGUACCUGAUGGAAUUGGCGGGAAUUGGUCAAACGCCAAACUCUAACUACCUUAUAAAUGCAACUGAAUUUUUCUGGCUUGCCUCGAUCUCUCGUUUUAGUUUCUUCGUCUCCACCUAUUUGCACAGUACUCCAAACGGCCUAUCAAUUUUGAAAGAAAAUCUGGACUUAGACUUAUCAAAUCGCUAUUCCAGAGAAACCUCAAAAGCUAUUUGGCAUAGGAUUGGCUCGCCCAAGAAGAUGAAAGAGAUUAAUUGCAUAAUAAAAAGGCUACUUGGAGGGGAGAAGAACGUGGACGACUUUAUUCACGGUUCAGAUGCAAUUGUUGCGGCAGACAAAGAGGGUAAUAUUUGCUCUAUGAUUCACACCAUAAACAGUGAAAUGUGGGGAACAGGACUGUUUGCUCAGGGAGUUGCCCUUCCCCAUUCUGCUGCGAUAUUCAAGGCAUUCGUCAAGCAAACGAAAUCUGGGGCGAGGCUUGCUGUUGGCCUUCAGCCUGUUAUAACGUUCAAAACCGAGAACUCCACUCAAGCUCUCCGUCCUGUCAUGGCUCUCUCAGUUGUUGGCUCCUCGUAUCCAGUUGUUGUUUCGCAGUAUGUGACGAAUCUGUUGGACAAAAAGAUGAAUCCAAAGGAAGCCAUGGAGUCUCCCACUUUUCUACUGCCAAGUUUUUCAGAUUUUUUCCCGUCUGUUCCCUUAGAGCAGUACUCAGUUGACGACAAGGUGCUGCAGGAAGUGCGAGACAUGGGUCAAGGCGUUACCGAGGUAGACUACUUGACGGCGUAUGGACCGAUUGGUUUGGGGGUGGCGCUGACGAUCGAUGACAACGGAGUGAUGUACGGAUGUACCCACCCCCUUAGGAGAGGACUUGCAGAGGGAGUGUAA